AUGCCGACCAGCUUCACGGUAGUGCCGGUAGAGGCGCAGGGCGAGGAGCGGGGGCCGGCGGAGCGGGAUGGGCAGCGGCAGGAGGAGGAAGACGACGACGGGAGGGACCGGGGCUCCGGGGAUGGGAUUGCCAGGGAAAGUAGUCCAUUUAUUAACAGUGCAGAGAUGGACAGAGGAAAUGUGUAUGAAGGAAAGAAUAUGGCGCUCUUUGAGGAAGAAAUGGAUAGUAAUCCCAUGGUGUCAUCUCUUCUUAAUAAAUUAGCAAACUAUACUAAUCUGACUCAAGGUGUGGUGGAACAUGAAGCAGAUGAAGACAGCAAGCGAAAGGAAGUCAAGGUUCCACGUAUGGGUACUUUUAUUGGUGUAUAUCUGCCCUGCUUGCAAAACAUCUUGGGAGUCAUCCUUUUUCUACGUUUAACAUGGAUUGUGGGAACAGCUGGAGUUCUCGAGUCUUUCAUCAUUGUGUUCAUGUGUUGUGCUUGUACUAUGCUAACUGCAAUUUCAAUGAGUGCAAUAGCAACAAAUGGUGUAGUACCAGCUGGAGGCUCUUACUACAUGAUUUCAAGAUCUUUAGGGCCAGAGUUUGGUGGAGCAGUGGGACUUUGUUUCUACUUGGGUACAACCUUUGCAGGAGCAAUGUACAUUCUUGGUACCAUUGAAAUUUUAUUGACCUACAUUUCUCCAAGUGCUGCUAUCUUUAAAGCAGAAGAGGUUGGUGAAGAAACAGAGGCUAUGCUGAACAACAUGAGAGUUUAUGGAACAUGUAUUAUCAUUCUGAUGGCCAUAGUAGUUUUUGUGGGAGUGAAGUAUGUCAACAAACUUGCACUGGUCUUCCUUGCCUGUGUGAUUCUUUCAAUCAUUGCCAUAUAUGCUGGAGUUAUUAAGACUGCUUUUGACCCCCCUGACUUUCCUAUCUGUCUCCUUGGAAACCGUACAUUAUCAAAACGCAGUUUUGAUGUCUGUGCCAAAUUUACUGAAAGCAAUAACGAAACAAAGACUACAGCUUUGUGGCGCCUGUUCUGUGAUAGUUCUUUGCUUAAUGCUACAUGUGAUGACUACUUUAGUCUCAAUGAUGUAACAGAAAUUCAAGGGAUUCCAGGAAUAAUGAGUGGAGUUCUAACUGAUAAUCUUUGGAGUACCUAUUCAGAAAAAGGAUCAAUAGUUGAGAAAAAAGAUCAGCCAUCAGUUGCUGGAUCAGAAGAGACAAAAAUGGGUGGACUCCCUUAUGUUUUUACAGACAUCAUGACCUACUUCACAAUGCUUGUAGGGAUUUAUUUCCCAUCUGUGACAGGUAUUAUGGCAGGUUCAAACAGAUCUGGAGAUCUUAAGGAUGCUCAGAAGUCUAUUCCUACUGGAACAAUUUUGGCAAUUUCAACUACGUCUUUUAUUUAUCUCUCCUGUAUAGUGUUGUUUGGUGCCUGUAUAGAAGGUGUGAUAUUAAGAGAUAAGUUUGGAGAAGCAGUUAAUGGAAAUCUAGUGGUUGGUACACUGGCGUGGCCUUCUCCAUGGGUUAUUGUGAUUGGUUCAUUCUUUUCAACGUGUGGUGCUGGUCUCCAGAGUCUCACUGGUGCACCCCGUCUGUUGCAGGCCAUUGCAAGAGAUGGCAUUGUACCGUUUAUUCAAGUAUUUGGUCAUGGAAAAGCAAAUGGAGAACCAACUUGGGCUCUGCUCCUCACUGCUGGUAUUUGUGAAAUAGGAAUUUUGAUAGCCUCAUUGGAUAGUGUAGCACCAAUUCUUUCCAUGUUUUUUCUUAUGUGCUAUAUGUUUGUUAAUCUGGCUUGUGCAGUUCAGACGCUUUUACGGACUCCCAACUGGAGACCUCGUUUCAAGUAUUACCAUUGGACUCUCUCAUUCCUGGGGAUGAGUUUAUGUCUUGCCUUGAUGUUCAUUUGCUCUUGGUACUAUGCUUUGAUUGCCAUGCUAAUCGCAGGAUGUAUAUACAAAUACAUAGAAUAUAGAGGAGCGGAAAAAGAAUGGGGUGAUGGAAUCAGAGGACUGUCUCUGAAUGCAGCUCGCUAUGCUUUGCUUCGUGUCGAAGACGGUCCUCCUCACACCAAGAACUGGAGACCUCAACUUUUGGUCUUAUUAAACUUGGAUUGUGAGCAGUUGGUGAAACAUCCUAGAUUGCUUUCUUUCACCUCUCAGUUGAAGGCUGGUAAAGGACUGACUAUUGUGGGCUCUGUGCUUCAGGGAAUCUACUUGGAUAAAUGUACAGAAACUCAGAAAGCUGAAGAGAACAUUAAGGCCUUAAUGGGAGUAGAAAAGACUAAAGGAUUUUGCCAGAUUGUGGUGUCUCCUAAUUUCAGAGAUGGAAUAUCCUAUUUGAUUCAGUCAGCUGGUCUGGGAGGGAUGAAGCACAACACAGUCCUGAUGGCAUGGCCACAGUCAUGGAAGCAGACAGACAAUCGUUUCUCAUGGAAAAAUUUUGUUGACACUGUACGAGAAACAACAGCAGCUCAGCAAGCACUAUUGGUGGCUAAAAACAUUGACUUAUUUCCAACAAAUCAAGAACGUUUUACUGAAGGAAACAUAGAUGUGUGGUGGAUUGUUCAUGAUGGUGGGAUGCUGAUGUUACUGCCUUUUCUCCUUCGACAGCACAAGGUUUGGAGAAAAUGUAAAAUGCGUAUCUUCACUGUCGCUCAAAUGGAUGAUAAUAGCAUUCAAAUGAAAAAAGAUCUUCAGAUGUUCUUAUAUCAUCUUAGACUGAAUGCUGAAGUGGAAGUUGUUGAAAUGUUUGAAAAUGAUAUUUCUGCGUUCACAUAUGAGAAGACACUUAUGAUGGAACAGCGAUCUCAGAUGCUAAAACAGAUGCAGCUAUCGAAGAACGAAAGGGAAUCCCAGAUUCAGAGCAUCACUGAUGAGUCUCGAGGCUCAGUCAGAAGAAAAAGCUACUCCAGUCCACAGUCCAUUGGCCAAGAUGCACAGGCACUGCUGACUAAUGAUUAUCAAGAGGAGGAGGCUCAGCUGAUCCAUGACCGAAACACUGCCUCGCACUCAGCUCCAGUGGUCAAAGCAAGUGUGGCUGCUGCUGUGCCGGAAAAAGUGCAAAUGACCUGGACUAAGGAAAAGUUUGUAGCUGAAAAGCAUAAAAACAAAGAUUCAAAUGUGUCUGGCUUCAAAGAUAUUUUCAACAUGAAGCCAGAAUGGGGAAAUCUGAAUCAGUCAAAUGUGAGAAGAAUGCACACCGCUGUGAAGCUCAAUGGAGUAGUACUUAAUAAAUCACAGCAUGCUCAACUAGUUCUCCUGAAUAUGCCUGGACCCCCUAAAAACAGAAAAGGGGAUGAAAACUACAUGGAGUUUUUAGAAGUUCUAACAGAAGGUCUGGAUAGAGUUCUCCUGGUCCGAGGCAGUGGACGUGAAGUGAUCACCAUUUAUUCUUAA